GGAACUAAUUCAACGUGUUUGUACUUUAAGGAAUGAAUGCCUUGUUCAGGAAGGGGGUGGAUGUGUGUGUGUGUCUCUCUGCUCCCCUGGCGGCUGCCGAGGUGUUGACGGUGGGCCGGAGCGACGAGAAAUCGCUCACUCGUCCUGUUGCCGGUCGAGGUCGAACGGACACCGGGCCGUGAGCGCCGAGACACCCGUCCGACACCGGGCCGUGAGCGCCGAGACACCCGUCCGACACCGGGCCGUGAGCGCCGAGACACCCGUCCGACACCGGGCCGUGAGCGCCGAGACACCCGGCCGACACCGGGCCGUGAGCGCCGAGACACCCGGCCGACACCGGGCCGUGAGCGCCGAGACACCCGUCCGACACCGGGCCGUGAGCGCCGAGACACCCAGCCGGCACCGGGCCGUGAGCGCCGAGACACCCGGCCGGCACCGGGCCGUGAGCGCCGAGACACCCGGCCGAGGUCGAGCCGACACCCGGCCGUGGCCGCCGAACUGACACGGACCAAUCCUCGUUAAUGAGAAACAUGGAUUCUGCUGAAGCAGAGAAUAUUGCAUCCACAGCAGACAGUACUGCUGAGCUAGUGGAAGGAUCAUUCUUCAGUACGUUGGACAUCUUUCUAUUCUCCCUUCUUGCUGGGUUUGCAAUCUAUUGGUUUGUCUUCAGAAAGAAAAAAAUUGAAGUCGCUGACUACAAAACAAUACAGCAACUAACACCAGCAGUACGAGAAACCAGCUUCAUUGAAAAAAUGAAGAAAACAGGAAAAAGCAUGGUUGUAUUUUAUGGCUCUCAAACAGGAACAGCAGAAGAGUUUGCCAACCGACUUGCUAAAGAUGCUCAACGUUAUGGAAUGCGGGGGAUGGCCACUGAUCCAGAGGAGUACGAUAUGUCUGAAUUAAGUCGACUUACUGAACUAGAAAACUCCUUGGCAAUCUUCUGUUUGGCUACGUAUGGAGAAGGAGAUCCCACUGACAAUGCACAAGACUUCUAUGACUGGUUGCAGGAAACUGACACAGAUCUCUCUGGUGUAAAAUAUGCAGUCUUUGGGCUUGGAAAUAAAACUUAUGAACACUUUAAUGCAAUGGGACAGUAUGUAAACAAAAGAAUGGAGCAGUUGGGAGCAGAAAGGAUCUUCGAGCUCGGUCUGGGAGAUGAUGAUGGCAACCUGGAGGAGGAUUUCAUCAUGUGGCGUGAACAGUUCUGGCCAGCGGUGUGUGAGCACUUUGGAGUGGAAGCCACUGGCGAUGAUUCCAGUAUUCGUCAAUACGAGUUGGUGCUGCAUAAUGACAUCAACAUGAAUGCAGUCUACACUGGAGAAAUGGGACGUCUCAAAUCUUAUAAAAUUCAGAACCCGCCUUUUGAUGCAAAGAACCCAUUUUUGGCACCUGUGACACUGAAUCGAAAACUGAAUAAAGGAGGAGAACGGCACCUCAUGCACCUGGAGCUGGACAUCAGUGGUUCAAAGAUAAGAUAUGAGAGUGGUGAUCACGUGGCAGUGUUCCCCAUGAAUGAUUCAACAAUUGUCACUGAAAUUGGCAAAGUGCUGAACUCAGAAUUGGAUGUAGUAUUUUCUUUAAAGAAUCUUGAUGAGGAGUCCAAUAAAAGUCAUCCAUUCCCAUGCCCAACCACAUACCGGACAGCACUGUCGCAUUAUCUGGAUAUCACCAAUCCUCCACGUACUAACGUCCUGUAUGAGCUGGCACAGUAUGCAUCGGACCCCAAAGAGCAAGAUUUCCUGCGGAAAAUGGCUUCUUCCUCCCCAGAAGGCAAGUCCCAAUACUUGAAGUGGGUGGUAGAAGAUAGAAGGAACAUUCUGGCCAUCCUGGAAGACUUGAAGUCUCUCCGCCCUCCCAUUGAUCACCUCUGUGAGCUGUUGCCCCGAUUACAGGCCCGCUACUACUCUAUUGCUUCAUCUUCAAAGGUUCACUCCAGUUCAAUUCAUAUCUGUGCGGUUGUGGUGGAAUAUGUAUCGAAAACAGGGCGUACCAACAGAGGUGUUGCAACAACCUGGCUACGCAACAAAGUGCCAACAGAUAACGGCCACAAGCCCACUGUCCCAAUGUAUGUAAGGAAAUCUCAGUUCCGGCUACCUUACAAACCUAGCACCCCCAUCCUUAUGAUCGGACCUGGCACAGGCAUUGCUCCCUUCGUUGGUUUUAUUCAAGAACGAGCCUGGCUGAAGCAACAAGGGAAGGAGGUUGGUGAGACUGUUCUGUACUAUGGCUGCCGACAUGAGAAUGAAGACUAUCUGUAUCAAAAAGAACUGGAGGGCUUCCAGAAGGAUGGUGUUCUCACUCAACUUCAUGUAGCAUUCUCCAGGGACCAGGCAGAGAAGGUUUAUGUCCAACAUUUAUUGAAGAAAAAUAAAGAAAAUGUGUGGGAUCUGAUCCACAAGGAAAAUGGGCAUAUUUACAUCUGUGGUGAUGCAAAGAACAUGGCAAGAGAUGUCCAGAACACAUUCUAUGAAAUUGCCGCUGAGCUUGGAAAUAUGAAGCACGAGCAGGCCGUUGAUUACAUUAAGAAACUGAUGACAAAAGGCCGUUAUUCUUCGGAUGUGUGGAGCUAAGGUGGAAAUUGGGGCAGUAAGCCUUUGCUGCAUUGUACAAAUGAACAGGACAUCAGUAGUUCACAGCUGGUGACCUACAAUAAUCAAUGCAAAGAUCAUUAAAACUAAAGAAUGAGGUGAUAAUUUUAACAUAAUGUAGAAUCUGUGGAGGAAAAGCUUUGUGCUACAGUCAGUGCUGUGCUCCAUCAGAAUUGAUACCAAAAUUUAUCAUGAGAUACUUUCCGUAACUGACUUUUAAAAGUUAUUCUGAAUUACAAAGACUCAAAUUCUGGCAAACUGUUUUUAAUAAGAAUUGUUUAAGUUGGUCUGCUGCCACACACGACAGAGUGUAACUCCUAAGGUUAAUUUCCUCUGUAUUGGUCUUGUAUUUUUUUUAAUGUUUCAAAUAAAAUAAUUGAAUGAUAUUGUAGGGAAAACACAACUAGUAACAUUGAAAAUAGCAGCAGAUUUUCAAUAAGAAGAAUCAGUUUGCAUACAUUGAGCAGGCCAUUACAUUUACACAGUUAUCAGUUAUAUAUCCUUCUGUUGUUUUUAUUUUGUUUUUGAGAGAAAAGCUGGUGGUGGGUGAGGUCAUCGGACUGCAUUACUCCCUGAGCUUUCUUCAUCCUUUCAAUUUGGCAUAGCCUGCAAAUUUUUAUCUAAUAUCCUAUAACUAAAUAGAAAUAUUACUAAAUUAUGCUGAUUUACAGUAUACUUGAUCUUAGAAGAAUAAUUGAGCUCUUGAUCUUCAGAUUGAAACAGAAUGGUUGUCUCUAAUGUACUGUUUCCUUUUAUCGUAAGUAGAUUCAUAUAAUUGUGAUCCUUACUUUGGAAAAUUUUUAGGCACUAUUGACAAUUGGAAAAUAGCAGAAGUCUAGCAAACACAAUAUCCAACAGAAGCUUCAACCUGGAACCCCCCUUUUCAUGCUUAAAACAUGUAAGCUAAUGGAACAUGUUAGGGUCUUCUUCCAUUCUGCAGUGCUGCAGUACUUCCAUAGCUGAUGUCUGUGCAACAGAGCAAACCUGAGAUCUUCAUGGCUUCUGACGAGCCCCUCAGUCUGAAGUCCAUUUCUUGCAUUAAAAGGAGAUAAAAUAGAAGUGUGGAAAUGCUGGAGUGAUGCAACAACAAAUGAAAUUGCAGGCACUAUCUGAAUGAAGAUUAUUGCCCAAAGGCUGACCUUUACACACACUGGCCUCUAGUGCAUUUCCCACUUUUUUCUGUUAUGAUGUAAAAUGAGUUUUGGCUAUGAAACAUUAAAUUAUUGACUCUCUGAUUCUUAGAGAAGGUGAAACUUGGCAAAUGUCAGAAAGCAGGUCAAGAUUUAGUUCAUUGCCUUUGGCAGACAUUUAUUCGAUUUUAUAUAAAAAAAAUCUUGGAUGCAAUGAGCAAGCUUUUUUUUUAAAAAAAAAGCAAAAUUGUUUGUCACAGUUCAAAUCUGCUGUUGCAUGUGUAAUCUUUUGCUGGUGAAUAACUUAAGAAGCAUUAAUUUUUAUGAGAUCAAGUUUUGAAUACUUAUCAAAUGAGAAACAAUUUCAUUUGUAAAAUUUGAUUGCAAAAGCUUCAAUGGUUGUUUUGGCUCACUUUCAAAUUGACUUUACAGAUUUCCUCCUUUAAUCAGUAACAUGCCAAUUCUAUUGAGAGGUGGCUGCUAGGAACCCAAGUCUUGUCCUUAAAUAACUUGCCUUUGUGUGCAAGUUAUUCAAGGGAAGUUCUGGCCAUUUCUCAUUCUUUCAUUGCCUUCAAGUUCUCAACACCAACAUCCCUCUGCUCAGUCUCCAAUUUUUGUUAUUUUUCAUGGGUUCUGUCUUUUUUAAAUGCUUAUGCCCCUUUUGGGCAUAAUGAUGUUCUGAAGGGACAAUAUUACUGACUAUGGACUAUUUCUGAAACUAAGAGUGGACUUGAUUGGCACUCAUUUUUGAGAUCAUUCAUAGUUCUUUAACAGACAAGUAAUGAAAUUAUUGGGAUGGGGAAAGGUUACCGUAAGCGUGCUCUACUCAUAAUUGUAGAAAUUUUGUGGCAGUAUUUGCUAUUUUAAUUGGGAUUCUUGGUCCAAAACAUAUAAUGGUUUGUCGUUACUCAAUCUUUCAAUGUUUAAAAACAUUCCAAGCUUUCUCAGAUUGAAAUUGUUGUUUGCAACUUUUAACAGUAUAACUUCGGACUUGCAGUACUUCAACUGAAGAACACCUGAUUUUUAACCCUCUAAACUGUGUGUUCUAAAGCACUUUAGUAUUACUUGCCUGCAACAAUGUCUCAACAGAAACAUGCCUGCAGAUUCAGUAAUAUAGCUUUGUGACUCAGAACAAACACUUGCUUUGUAAGUUAGGAUAAUUCACUAAGCAGUUGAAGUCCAUAUGAGUGCCUUGUACCUCUGUACUCUACUGCCAGUUACGUUGGUGGCAUUUAGUGCAGCAAUGAAAGUCCUCUAUCUCUAGCGGUGUUCAGGUUUUUCUUCAUCAUGUCAGUAGCUCAGUUUUCACUGUUGUCAGUCGUGCCAGUUCCAGGAGGAGACUCAGGAAUACCCUCACACUCAUGUAGAAAGAUUCUUCAUUGCUAUUUCCGUAACAAUUUUGUUUUGCCACUCAGGGUUGUUAGCCCUGAGCUAAAUCCCUGAACCUGGAGGACCAGUGGUCCACUCUUAACCUGGCUGCUAAGCUUUGAUCUAUUUGGCAUGGUUGACCUUACCAAGAGCCAAAGCAUAAAUCCCUGACUCCAGCCUUCAAACCACAACAACGUGCAGGCCUCUCUCGGUGGAGGACCCUGUGCAAUCAUCUGUUUAUUGUAGAUAAGCCUUUUAAAUAUGGAAUGUGUUGAUGAACUAGAGUGAAUAGCCUUCCUGUGUGUAGAAAAAUGUAAUCAUAUCUAUUUAUGCUUCCAUAGGCUGGCAAGUCUAUUGAACCUUUUAUGUGUAGUAAGAAUUUUGUUGAACUUAGCGAACUCUACCAUGGUCUUUCAUACUGCUUCAAUUCCUGUUGUUCAUAGUCACGCAUUAGGCAUACUCUCCUUGGCUGAUCUGUCAUUGUCCACUGUUUCAGCUUCUUGCGCAUCACCAGGAGAGGAAUGUUAAAUUUUCCAGUUUUACUUUAAUGAAGACAGUGGUCAACUUCUCCAGAACAUGGAGAGAAAAAGUUGAUCGAUGCAAUCUCUGGUAGAAAAAAAAUGAAUUCAGUAACUGACCAGAAGCAAAAGAUGUAACUGAGUUCUGUAGUGUUUAUUUUUGAACAAAAACUAUUACUGGGCAAAUUGAAUGCCCUUGUUUAGAUCAGGCUUAGUUAAUUGAAUGCCAUGUCUGAUUGGGUAGGACCCCAAUGAGAGUAGAAUUUAUGCAGCCAUUAUAGUGUGCUCUAUUGAUAGCUGUGCUGAAGUCUUUCUAAUUGCAAUUUUCAACAAUUUAGGAAAUUGGACUGAAAAUAGGCAGUGUUCCCAGGGUAACAACUGUGUUAACCACUUUCACUACAUUGAACAUGCACAAACAAAUGUUUUUGAAAGGACCAGAAAUCAACAGAGAGUCAAAUUACAGCAGUGCCGGAGAUGAGAAGUGGAUUGAGGAGGAGGAAACUAAUAAAGGGCAGGAAUACAUCAGGAAGGGUUGUUACUUUGGGCUGUUCACUGUUGAAAGUGUAAGGGAAGGGGUGAUGCCUUCUGUCUGUGUAAUGGUCACCAUGAGUAUAGAUGAGAAGUGUUGCCUAGUGCCAAAACAACUGGGAGGACUUCUGUUGUUAACUGUUUAGGGUAGAAAUGGAUUGUGACAGGGACACAAUACACUUAACAACAUUGUGACAAGCAGCUCUACAAUUGCUAAUGACUCUUGAGCAGAAUGUAAUUGAUAUUAAAUGUUGCGUUAGUCUUGUUAAAAUUCCUUCUAUCUGAUAUGCACAGCCAGUAGGAUGGACAGACUGGCUUAGUUGUACCUUACUUGUCAUUUGGGAAGUGUGCUUAAAUUGCAUUGCACUGUAAUACAGUAAUUACAUUGUCUGUUCAGUGAUUGUGUCAGCAGCUGGCCUUUCAACCAACCAACACAUUUCCAUAACUCUCCUAUAUAUUGGUGCCCAUUUGCAUCACAUCCACAUAGUCCACAUUCUCACUAGUCUGAAUAAAAUUUCUCCUCAAUCUCUUGUAAUUUGCAUUUAUAGCAGCCUUGUUUUGGUAUCUACCUUAAACGUUUUUAAAAAAUCUCAAUUGAAUUCCAGCACUUUCUUUUUUUGAAGAAAAAAAUUAUUUUGAGAGUUUAAAAUCUCAUCAGUGGUUUAUGAGUUGUUAGAUUUUUCAUUUUGUAUUUUAAUGAGUAGAAUUUUGUCCAGUACCUUGCAGCUAUAUUCUAACCAAAUAAAAAAUUGAGCCCUUUCUAAUUGAUGAAAAACCCAAAAUUGAAUAUUAAUAGCUUUACAAUGUCCAGCUGAUUAAUUUGUAUUAGGGUUCAGUGAUAUACACACUAGAAAUUUGGCCCAGGAGGUUCUGUACUAGUUUGACUUGUUUGAUUUUUAUGGAUCUGUAGGUUGUAAAGAGCUGGAGAUCAAAUCCAAAACAACAUCUGAAAUGCUUCUUCAAUUUAAUAUGAAUGGGAGCUUGCAGGAAAACUUUACAUGUGAUUAUUGAGACAUACAGCACACAUCCUUUAUUCAGUUCUGAAAUCCUCAUUACUUUGAGAUCCUGACAGCAUGUUUGACAGGAAGUAGAGGAAUGCAAGUGGAUCUCUUGAUGAGCAGAAGCAUUAGACCUUGCAUUGGCUCAGCUAGUUCUAGCUGUGGUUGGAAGAUUAGGAUGGCAUUGCCCAGCAAAUGAAUGAAAUUAGGUUGAGAAAACCGUAAGUUCAUCUAUUUCAAAAUUGGAGAACAGCCAGUGUAUGCAUCUCUUAUAAAUAUGAUAGUGUUUUAUCUUUCAGCAUGUACCGUGGGGAGAUGAUUUGUUCCCUUGUGAAAAGUCAGGGUUAGCUGCUCAUCUGAUUAACAUACUAUGCUACGUAAAGCUGCCCACUAGACUGAACUGAUCUGAGUGCUCGGCUGUGUUGGGGCUUUGCAAUUUUUCCCAUUUUGAAUGAGAAAUGUAACCUGUGGGAAAUCUUUAAGGAGUGGCGAGGCUCAGUGGAAAAACUCCAGUUGCAUCUGUGGGCCAUUUGCAUCGCAAUUUAAUGCUAACUUAGAAAAUAACUUGCCUGUUAUCAGAGUCAUGCUGAGACAGUUGGGUACAUUUUCAUGUUGUCAAAUCACUGUCUACAGAGCUAAUGUAGAAUUCUGGACACAUGGUUGUUAACUUUUUAAACCAUCAAAAUUGCCAGUACAUGUUAAUGCAAAGCCUUUACCACGUUAUUACUAGUGAAUUUAUUUUUCUAGAUACCAGGCAAGCACAUCAUCCCGUUGUACAUUUUCUAAUCUCUUUCCUUGACCGAAUGUAAUAUCUUUAUCCACCUCUAUAACUUUUGUUGCUAAUGUUUCCAUGAUGCUUUGUGUAUGUGUAGACUUAUUAUCACGUAAUUUGUCUUAAAUGAUUAAAAAAGGUUUACAAACAUCCUGGACUAAUUUCUUGACUGACCAUUUGGGGCCCAAACUAUUGUAACUUACCUCACUGGCGGUAGUGAUCAAUUAAGAAUACUCAAAAGGUAGUAUCCAUUGCACCUUAUGUCCAGAAAGACCACUCAUUGAUUCUUUUAUACUUUUCUGAGCUUUGAGUAUGCCCACAAGAAAAUGAAUUUCAGGGUUGUAUAUGGUGACAUAUGUACUUUGAUAAUAAAAUUUACUUUGCGGCUGGCAGGUCCAAAGGUGAAAGGUGCCAAAACACUGGUUGCACAGGAAAGUUGGUGCAUUCAAAAAGGCAAAAACAAAUGUUAAAAUUCCGAGAAUUCAGAACUGCUUAUAGAGACAAAGAUGUAUCGGGGUACCUACCGAAGAACAUCAGCAAUGAAAGGUGUAUUUUGUGUUUUUUUGUAUGUGUGAAUGCAAGUCACAAUAACCCAGCAAUUCUUUUUUGGAAAAAAUGUAUUUGUUUGAAGCUGACCAUUGAUUAAAUUAUCAAAAGGUAAAACCAUUCUAUCCAGUUAAGAAUCUUAUCAAUGAGACCUUGAGCUAUGACCAUGGCCUGAAAAAAUACUGCUUAACGUGAACAAAAACAUUCAGCAGGUCAGGCAACUGCUCUGGAGAGAGAGGAAGUUUCACAUCAGGUCUUUUGUUUGUUUUUUUACUUUUGAAAAUGCUAGCCAAUUUAUGGUUAAUUAAUUAAUUAAUCUGUCCUUUUUCCACAAUCUCACCCUAAUCCAUCUGUCUGCUAGUCUUUCCAAAGUGGGUAGGUUGAUGAUCCAGUGGGGAGAGCUCCCCUUAGCUCACACCCUUUUCUCCUCUUGUAUGAAGCACUAAUCCAAUUGUUUUUUUGAUGGAAGGCCAUUGACUUGUUAACUAUUUCCAUUGAUGCACCUGCCUUCCUUCUGUUUAAGUCAGACUUCCAGCAUUGGAGAGGUGGAUUUUGUUGGAACAGCUACUGCUGGCUCACCACAUAGUCUCUUCUAACCUAGAAAGGGACAAAGGUACAAGCCGACCUUUAGCACCCAGUGUCUUGAAAAUUUGUGUGCUUAGAGUAGAGCCCAUAACUGGAUACCUGCCCUGGGCUAUAUUAAGCUUCUGUACAAAAAUGAUCUAGUGCUUUUCCUAUGUAUAUGAUGAUGAACUCUUCUCUGGCUUCAAGCCAGGUGCAGGUAUCGAUUACAACAAACAUUUCGAUGACAAACUCUGCCAUCUUCAGGGAUGAUACCUGGGCAAGUCUAGUCUGGUGGCAUUUGUACCUGUUUUCGUCCCUCCUGAUUGGAUGAGGACUAACCAAUCAGGUUUCUGCUCU